AUGGGCAGUUACCUGAGCUCGCCGCAGCCCGCGCUGCCACCCCUAGCCCAGAGGCACACUAACCGGAGUCCUGGUCCUUCCCUGACCCGGGACAGCCUCCAUGGGGGGCACCGCGUCCACACUGGACCCUUGCCCCAGAUACCGGUCUGGGAGCCGGCCAAGACCCGGAGGGUGGUCAGCAAGGCUCGGAAGCACCUUGCUGCCAAGCCGCCGCCUGAGGCCAUCCUGGGGCCGCAUCUUUCCUGCUCCUGGGAGAGUUACAUGAAGCUGGGGCUUGGGAGUGCUCGGCACGCAAGACCGAUCUGGAGCCCGGUGACCAUCAAGAUCGCGCCUCCUGAGCGCAGGGAGAGUCCCUGUGCAUCCCCGGGGCAAGGAGACCGCUCCGCAGGGCAUCCGCUCACUGAGUGCCCAGACCCCAGGGCCAAGCAGACAGUGCUGAGGGGUCUCAGCCAGUGCAGGAAGGUGAGCAGGAGGUUCGACGCACCUCUCUGGUUUGAGAUCCCAGAGAGCACGAGUGGGUCUCAGGACCCAGAGUCCAGGCCAUCUGCCUUCAAGCCUCUGAUCAAAAAUGGACAGGUCCCUUCCUUUGUGCCCAGGCCAGGGCCUCUGAACAGAAGGCUUCCCUCCUGGAGCUACAUCUGCAAGGAGGAAACUGACCCCGGGCCUGCCGUCCAGCCUUUUCUGUCUGCCGCCAACCACACAGAGGAAGUGCCAGCACAGGGCACAGAGCCUCAGCUGGGGAGCUGGGAGAAGAGGCCACACGGCCGCGACCUCAGUCAGUCCCCCAGGGCCCCGAGGGGCGUCGGCAGGGUCUCCUUUGCCCCUGAGGCCGCCCUACCUGCUAGAGCCUUUGGCUGCGAAGAAUCAGGGCCCAGCUACCCACGUGCGAGACUCGAACCGGCUGACCCGUUCUCCUGUUGCUGA